AUGGCACCUCCGCUGCCUUUGGUACCCCCAAGGCGACGACAGGGUUCCGGGAACCCUGUCCAGGCCCGCAGACUGGAAGGGGUGGAGAGCCUGCCAGCAUUACCAUCUUGGCAGGCACCGGUUGUGAGGACGGUUCACCUCUAUGAGCAUGUCCAUGAUCACUAUCACUUCGUUUAUCCACGACGAAGGCCCUCCGUGCCGUCAGUGCUUGAGCCGCUGCCUGAAAGGAGGCCUUCAAUUCCGGAAGUGGUUGUGUUGCCGUGCUCAGAGCCGGUCGAGCCAGAGCCUGCACCACAGCCGGCGGUGGCCCUGGACGCUGUGCAGCUCCACGACCUGCCCGAGGUGCCGGAAGCGGAGGCGCUCGGAGAAGAGGACUCGCAGGAGAAAGGGCGCGAGCCACCCGUGCGGAGCAGCCUGCUGCAGGUACUCCCCGAGAAAUCUCAAAGGCUGGACAGCCGGGGUUCCGUGGCCUCCUCCCGCCUGUCCUCUUACAACAGCGAGGGCUCGAAGUCCCGGAAUGGCAGCAAGGAGCCCCCGAGGUUACGGGCGAGGCCGAAGAAAGAAGCCCGGAGGGCGGAGGUGGAGGAUAAGCUCUCGAACAGACUCCGGGUCCUCGAAGCCGAGUCCAGGUGGUCAGAUCGACGUCGCGACCUGCGGCGCUACAUCCGAGAGCUGCCAGACAGCUCCAAGUCCAGAGCGAAGCAGAAGCUGGUGGGCCAGAAGGUCACAGGCACGCUUCUCGACAAGACACGGCUAGAGACCCAGAAAGCAAAGGACACGCAGGAGAGUCGCGACAUUGUCCACCACAUUGAGAAAGAGCUCCAUGCAUGUAGCCGCUCUCGGCACAGAGUCAUGCGCAUGCAGGCUGCUUUGCGGCGCCGGUUAGGAAUGCAUUCCAUGGGGCUGGUGGAGUGGCAGAGCGGCGGUCAAGAGGCACGUGAAGAGGAAGAGGGUGGCACUGGUGGCACAACUGAUGCACAGAGUGCCCCCACAGCUGCCGGACCGGCUUCCGAGCUGCCAAGCACGCUCAACCGUGUGUAG